CUGAUGACGCAUGCGGAAGCGCGGACAGGCUCCACCCACUCCGGAGUUGAGGCACCGGCGCGGGGCUUCCGGGAGUCGGCGACGGCUAUCCGGAGGGGCUGCUCGGGCAUCGCUCGGGGCUGCUCGGACGUGAGGCCGGAGGCCACCCUCCCCGCGGCACGCGUGAACUUGCUGACGAGUGUCCGGCUGCCCUGCUUGUGCCCAGCUGCGGCCAUGACACCUGCCCCCUGCCGGGGGCCCGCCGCAGCUUAGGCCCCCGAGCUCAGGGAUGGGCGCUCCCCGCGGUCCCGCCCAAGUUCCUCGCGCGCGCGGGCGAGUAUGGACUUGAGCUACGGUGGCCGAGGCUAGUUCCCCCGGGAGCAGCUCGCCGGCGACGGCGCCCAGACGGAUGGAAGCCGGUGCGCCGCGGGCCGCGGAGGGCAGCGGUGACGCAGACAGCGAGCAGCACUUCGGUGCCUGCGGAGCCCAGAUGCCCGUCCAGCCGCCCGGCAAGGACCCGGAGGAGAUGGAAGCCGAGGGCGAUUCGGCCCCCGAGAUGGCCGUGAACGGGGAGGAGGACGAGAGCGAGGACGAGCGCAGCGGCAGCCCCACCGAGUCGGAGUCGGAGAGCUCGGAGAUGGACGACGAGGACUACGAGCGGCGCCGCAGCGAGUGUGUGCACGAGAUGCUGCACCUGGAGAAGCAGUUCUCGGAGCUCAAGGAGAAGCUGUUCAGGGAGCGGCUGAGCCAGCUGCGGGUGCGGCUGGAGGAAGUGGGCGCCGAGAGAGCGCCCGAGUACACGGAGCCCCUCGGGGGGCUGCAGCGGAGCCUCAAGAUUCGCAUUCAGGUGGCAGGGAUCUACAAAGGUUUCUGCCUGGACGUGAUCCGGAACAAGUACGAGUGUGAGCUGCAGGGCGCCAGGCAGCAUCUGGAGAGCGAGAAGCUGCAGCUGUACGACGUGCUGCAGGGGGAGCUGCAGGAGCGGAUCCAGCGGCUGGAGGAGGACCGCCAGGGCCUGGACCUCAGCUCGGAGUGGUGGGAUGACAAGCUGCACGCCAGAGGCCCCCCUCGGACCUGGGACUCUCUGCCACCCAGCAAGAGGAAGAAGGCGCCCCUGGUGUCCGGCCCCUACAUCGUGUACAUGCUGCAGGAGAUCGACAUCCUGGAGGACUGGACGGCCAUCAAAAAGGCUAGAGCAGCCGUGUCCCCUCAGAAGAGGAAGGCCGAGGGGCCUUGAUGAAACCUCACUGGCCGGACCCACAGUUCCUGCUGCAGAAGGCGGCUGAGGGUCUCAGCAGCCCCCCUGGGAACUCCUGACUCUCAACUGGACAGCGGAGGCCGGAGCGGCCCUGGGCAGGCUGCCCACCAACCCCCCCCACAGCCAGACCCACACUGCCCCUGCAGAGGGGCUCCCUCCCUGUGGACAUAGGCCCUGCAUACAUCCCCCUCCCCCAGCACCAGGCCUCUUGCAGGGCCUCUCCAUGUAGGAACUGGGAGCCAGAAACUGUUGGGGGGCCCGGCGCUCCCUGGCGGCGAGUGAGAUGCUGGGCACCCCAGUCCUUCCUGCGGGGGCUCUUGGUGUCUGCCUCCGGGGUCGAGGGUGUGGAAUAAACCUCUCCUGGCGCUCA